UGGUCUUCCAAAUAACGUUCUCCGCGUGUUUCGGCCGUUGCGGGUGUAUGAUUGUAUAUAGAAUACAAGAGCCCAUCCUCAUACGCACUCCAGUCCUCACCUUCACCCUUGGUCUUCCGCUGUCAGAUUAAGUGUCGUCGUGUUCACCCAAUCCGAACCUCACCCCCAAUAACGACCGCCCUCACCUUCGUCCGUAGCCCGCCCUCGAUACAGACCUGAGCAGGAAUCACCCACUUGCCAUUCUCCCCUGUGCCCCUUCCUACGUGAACAACAUGCCUCUCGCAAAACACGAAUACCUCUCCUCCGUGUGGCAGUCGGACCUCUUCCGUGACAAAGUCGUCUUCUGCACCGGCGGGAACGGAUCCAUCUGCUCCGCGCAGGUGCGCGCUCUCGUCCACUUGGGUGCCAAUGCCUGCAUCGUCGGGCGCAAUGUCGAGAAGACAAUCUCAGUGGCCAAAGAUCUGGAGACGGCACGUGCAGGAAGCAAGGUGUUAGGAAUCGGCGGAGUCGACGUCAGAGAUGUCCAGAGCUUGGGAAAGGCGGUAGACGAAUGCGUCAAGGUUUUGGGGGGCAUUGAUUUCCUCAUUGCUGGCGCAGCGGGCAACUUCCUGGCCCCCCUCGCCCAACUCUCCACGAACGCCUUCAAAUCCGUCAUGGACAUUGACAUUCUGGGCUCCUACAACAUCACCAAGCUCUGCCUGCCCCACCUCGUCGCCUCUGCUAAGAAGCACAACUCAUCGUCCUCCUUACCGAAACCAGAAUCCUCAGGGCCGGGCGGCCGAAUCAUCUACGUGUCCGCAACAAUCCACUACACCGGUCUGCCCAUGCAGACGCAUGUUGCUGUUGCAAAGGCUGGCGUCGAUGCUCUUUCCGCAAACGUGGCGAUAGAAUACGGCCCUCUCGGUGUCACCAGUAACAUUAUCGCCCCAGGCCCGAUCGCAGGCACAGAGGGAAUGGACCGGCUUUCCCAACACCACAAGAGAGGAGGUGAUUCGACGGGAAAACAUGUGGGUCGCAGGAUCCCACUGGGACGAUGGGGGACGAUCAAAGAAAUUGCAGACGCGACGGUAUAUUUGUUUAGUGACGCGGCGAAUUAUGUCACUGGAGACAGAUUGGUUGUGGACGGUGGCGCGUGGCACACCUCUGCUGGAUCACCCGGAGGGGAUUUCGAGUACCCAGACUUCAUUCUGAGUGGAGCAGAGGUCACGGGUGUGGGUGGUAUGAAGAAAAAGAAAGAGGGAGCGAAGUUGUAAAUGGGGACUGAAGACAGGGAGGAUACAGUGUUGUAUAAUAUAAACUCUGGCCUGCUGGCUGCCGGAAUUUCAAGAGCUGGUCAAUUUGGCCUGGAUAUCGGGGCUUCUUCCACCUGAGGGUGAACAGAACGGCGCGAAACAUGCUGGGUGCGUGAAUCCUUGUGUUAUUCCUUGAAGAGCUCAAAAUAAGGAGGCUCAACAAAGCUCUUUUCCCGGGAUGGAUGCAUAUAGAGUGACGCUGAGGAUGAGAUCUCGAGAAUAGUUCAUAUCCACAGCAACAUCUUUUCAACGUCAAACUGACGCGUCGAAGAUACACUCAAGAUUGAUGGAGAGACGAUCCUUUCUCCCACAUAGUCCUCGUAGAACGUUCGGCUAUGAAGGCAACAAUGAAACUAUGUAGCAUCUCGAAGG